CAAAAAUGUCAGAAAGUAAUGUCAACUAAGUGGACGGUCAAAAAUCAAAAUUCAAGACCUUCUUCUGGCAAUCGCGAAGAUGUGGCCAAACCUUCCGAUCCCGGCUCCUUAAUCCACACCAUCGAAAACGAAAUCAAAGAAAACUUGGACAUAAUCUUGCCCACGUACCUAAAAAACGUCUUAGUUUACACCGGUUUUGAUUCUUCGGCUGCGCUCAGCGAACUGACGGUGGCCGAUUUUAGCUUAAUAGAAGACUUCGUCCGAAACGAGCUUCAAGACAUCCUGUCGCUCGAACGCAACGUGCAAUACGACGAUUUUUAUGGAAUUUACAGCAGCAGCAAAAGCAACUUCAAAAUUUUGCCAGGACACAAGAAGCUGUUGAUGGAAGUGCAAAAAUUCUACAAAGGGAGAAAAAUGGAAGCUAAAUAUAAAUCCGCUUCCGAACAACUGGCGGGAGCUGGCGGAAAACAAGACGAUGCUAAAGACGAUAUGAGUGGUUGUUUGGGUUUUCUGGACGAAGACAAGCAGUCACCGGGACCGGGACAGACGCAGAAGAAGCGGAAGAGGUGCAAGAGGAAGACGGAUACAAAUUCAGAUGCGAGUGACGGUGUGGAUUUUAACCAAGAGGUGAUGAUCGACGGGGUGAAAAGGAGGCGGUUGGACGAAGCGACGCAGAGAGCUGACGGUUUGAGUCGGGCUUUGGUGGUGUUCGGAGACGACUCCAGAACGCAGUUGUUGUCGCCGUCGCCGUCUGAAUCCAGGGAAACCGUGCCUCUGCACCACGACUCCGAAGAAAAGGGGUUUCUGUCGAUUCUAAAUUCAGGCUUGAGACUCUCGAAUAUCAUUUAGACAACAACUAAGUGAUAGGAUUAGAAAAGUAAGAGCAACGAUAGUCAGUAGAUCGUCACUCGUUUGGAAGACAAGUUUUGUGUACUUAUUGUUUUUUUUUUAAACACACAUUUACAUUCACACA